GCCUGGGUUUAUUCUAACGUCGACACUUAUAACCCAGCUCCUCGGAGUCUUUCUACUCUACAUUUGUUAUAGGUAUUACGUUAGGUAGUUAGUUAUAUGACUACCUACCCAUUUUUGUAUGUAUACUUCCGGUCGUAAAGUCGUGAAUAAUGUCUUCGGUUGCGGUCUCCAGCGGUCCGUCGAGCGCCUUUAAGUUCGGCACGGGGGGCUGGGAUCCGGAGCACCGCUUCGAGACGUCGUGGCUGUUCCCGCCGUAUGUGCUGUUUGCUCUGCGGCUGUUGAUGGCUUUAUGUGUGGAUAUGUGUAUCGUAUGCAUAUGUAGUCCCUCUACGCCUUCACAACAUUACUCUUCAAUAUCGGAUACCAAUGCGCCCACGCCGAUUUAGGCGGGUGUGAGGCCUCGCGCGACGAGUUCUCAUAUUUCACGGUGCUCACGUACUGGGGCCUCGCCUUCUACAUGCUCAUAGCAUCGAUCCACACAUUCACCUACGCGCGGUACUCCGGCCCCUUUCUCGCCCGCUUCCCGCGGCCAUUGCAGGCCCUGCACGCUCUGUUCUACAGCACCGUAACGACGUUUCCCUUCCUAGUGACUAUCGUGUACUGGGGCGUGCUAUACGGCUACGGAGCCGCCUGGUUCCCUACCGUCUACGGCGCCUGGUCCAAUAUCAGCCAGCACGCGCUGAACAGCCUCUUCGCGCUCUUCGAGAUCUUCCUCACGCGCGUGGACCCUCAGCCCUGGAUUCACGCGCUCUGGCUUAUUGUCAUUAUGGCGCUUUACCUGGCUCUGGCGUAUGUGACGAAAGCGACAAAGGGCUUCUACGUCUACCCCUUUCUCGACCCGGGGAAGACGGGAUCCCUGGUCGCCGCGUACGUCUUCGGGAUCGGCGCUGCUACGCUUGUGAUUUUCGCUAUUGUGAAGAGCGUUGUUUGGAUGCGUCGCUGGCUUACGGAGGAGAAGCUGGGGCGGCAUGGCAAGUUUGCUGGCUUCCCGCCUAGGAGAGGGAUUGAGGAGGUCGAGAUGGGUGAUAUUCUCGGGGCUGGAAUUAAGUAAUCCGGGUGCUGAAGCACUGGCUACUUGUUGGCCAGCUACUAUGCGACAGUGUUGUAGGCGCAGUAUGUCUUUUGUUUUUUGAGCGAGCAUCCCAGUGAUUAAAUAUAUAUACCUACCUACCUAGGUGUCUAGG